UAAAUUGUUCCCUACUUUGUUUUACUUCAGGCUUUCCACAUAUUGUGAAACAAAUGAGUUUGCUGGCACAAGUUAUUGAGAAACAACAUGAAGAUGAAAAAUCUGAAUUUUCAGCAUAAAAUGAAAGAAAAGAGUAAAUGCUGCUGUUUAAAAAAGUGUGAACUUUAGAAUAUUUUCACAUUUUUCAUGGUUUUAGGAUGAGGUCAUUUAUUAGGUAGCUGAUUUAAAACAAAACCUUAAAGAGGAAAUAAUUUAAAGAGAAAAUAGCUGCGAAUCCUGAACAGACAUGUACGGGUGCAAACACGUUCUUUGUGUUCAGCCUCUUUAAAGGAUUUGAUGAAACAUUAAUUUUAUUGAAAUUAUUUGCAGCAAAGUCAUUUGCAGUGAUUUUCAUCUAUACCUUUCAUUAGAAAAGCAGUGACUGGACUUGAUAACUGUACUGAUCAGUUGUGUGUCUCAGAGCUUGUGCAGACCCCCACAUGCACCAGCGGAGGAGGGGGUGUUUAGUGUUUCCUGGGUGUGUGUGUGUGUGUGUGUGUGUGUAUGGGGAGGACAGAUUGUUGGAGGGAGUGUUUAAGCUUCAUGUUUACAUUGAUCUGGCUCUGAUGCUGUUUCAACCCAAGAUCCACAUGCAGAUGAGAUGGAUCACGCGGUCCUGCAGCAGAGUUUGAGAUCCCAUUGUUUGAGUUUCACAGAUAGCCUCUGACUGACCCGGCUGUUAAUUGGACGGGGAGGAGGACCAGUUCCUGUCAGUAAAAAUUCAUUUGAUGUUGCUCUGAAGGCAGCAAACAACUCGCCUUAUGUUUGUAAUUGCAGCUUUGACGUGUGUGAGAGUGUGUUUUGAUCUUUCUUGUGUUUACUUUACCAAAGCAGACAUCUAUUUCAUGCAAAGAUGAAAAGACUUAACUGCUCAGUAUCUUCACACUGAACGUUCCCCACACAAAGAGUGUUGGGUUCAUUUACUUAUGUUUUUUGUGUGGUUUGUUGGGUUUGGUUACUGUCAUACAGGGUGUCUAUUUUAUUGCAAAGGUAAACUAUAUUUGUAUGCAAAAAAUAUACAACUUCCUAGUUCAUCCCUCAAACAACCCAGCAAAAAGACGACUUUUAAAGAUUUCACACAUUUGUUAAAUAGACAUUGUCUGCUGUAUGUGUGUGUGUGCGUGUGUGUGUUUGUGUGUGUGUGUGUGUGUGUGUGUGUGUGUGAGAGUCUUUAAUCCUGGUUGAAGGAACACAUCUCUGCGGUUAUCAGGCUGGGAUGAAGCAGCCUGUCAGACAGUGAUGCAUCACAUACAUUCCUGUACGCCACCGCUCCUGGCACCAGAUCCUCCAUUGGUUUCACUGGUUUUGUAAGAACAUGCAGGAUCUCAGCUUGUUUCCAUGUCCUGGCUGUAAAGCAAUCAGAACUGAUGUGCCCCGUUUGCUUAUCAGUAACGGUCAGCAGCAGCAAACCCAAAGUGGAGAUUCAUGAACACACAGAUGCCGUUCUGUCCUGUGAGUUCAGGACGGAAAAGGAUCAGAACCCUCGGAUUGAGUGGAAGAAGAAAGGAAAAGGGGUGACUUUUGUUUACUUUAACAAUAAGUUUAUUGGAUCCUAUGCAGGACGGUCUAAAAUAGAAGGAGCAACGCUGACCAUACACUCGGUCACUCAGAAGGACUCAGGAGAGUACCGCUGUGAGGUGACCGCCAGUGAAGACCACGUCAACCUGGGCGAGGCAACAGUUACUCUCAGUGUGCUCGUGCCUCCUCACGUUCCAUCCUGCGAGGUGCCGAGCUCCGUGUUCAUUGGAUCGAGCCUGGAGCUUCAGUGUAAGGACAAGCUCAGCGUGCCACCUGCAACCUACCGCUGGUACAAAGACAACAAGGCCCUGACGUCCACAGGAGAGACGCCCUACAGCAUCGACACCAGCAAGGGCACGCUGAAAUUCAAAGGUGUAUCCAAAUCAGAUGAAGGGAUGUACCGCUGUGAGUCCUCCAACAGCGUCGGGGCUCCCAAGAGCUGUGUGGCUCAACAGCUCAACGUCAUUGAAUAUCCCUUCAAUACAACCAUUUUAAUAGCGAGCGCUUCAGGAUUUGUGGCGCUCGUCCUUUUCUGCUGCAUCUGUGUUUGUAUCUGCCGCCGCCGAGGACGCUGCAAAAAGAACAAGAAGACAAACAGCUCCAAGCCCUACAUCCCUCCACCACCCCCUCCUCCACCCACCCGCCACCUCAAACACUACAAACAGACUCGGUCCUUCAUGAUCUGACGCUGAGCGACAGCUUCAUCUGGAGGUCGGACGGACGCCCUCUGGAGUUCAAAAAGGACUUUUUAAAGACUUUUCAUGUACAGCUCUGAUAAUUCUCAUCUAAAUGCAUACCUGAAUCACAUUUGUCACAGCCCCCUUUGGCCUAUUUUGUGUUGAGAUGAGGCUUUUUUUGUGUGAAAUUAAUUUUAAAACCUUUACAGUGUUUUUAUCGGCAGGCAUUUUGUCACAAUUGUAUAUAAAUUAUGUCACGUAUGACACUGUGCCUUGUAUCGGCUUCAGCUAAUAGUUUUUAUCUUUUAAUGUGUAUUUAAAAACAUUUUUUUAAUACUUCACAGACCUGUAUGUAUGUCUAUGGUCUUAUGAUCUUUGUUAUGAUUACUGCGUGGUUGAACAGGUGUCUGCACACACUGAACACUCUUUUAAAGCAUAAAAACUUUUAUACACACAUGCUGAAAAAUUUAAUUAAUAAUCAAUAAAAAGAUGGAACCAU